GACACAUACACUGUACUGCUCUGUGGUUUCUUUUCCAGGUGUGUGUGCAGUACCUGAAGGACACGAACAUGCUGCUUGUUGGGGGAUUGAUGGUGGCAGUAGCAGUGGAACACUGGAAUCUUCACAAACGGAUCGCCCUGAGGGUGCUGCUCAUUGUUGGAGUGAAACCAUCUCUGUUAAUGAUGGGCUUCAUGGGUGUGACAGCCUUCCUGUCGAUGUGGAUCAGUAACACAGCAACCACUGCCAUGAUGGUUCCCAUCGCCCAGGCCGUGCUAGACCAGCUCCACAAAGCAGAAAGCAACAGCUUGGAGCAUGAUGAUGACAUAGAACACAUGGAGCUGGAACUGCAGGGCAAGGGCACAGUGCAGACUGAAGAUAAAGUCAUCAUUAAUUCCCAUAUCUUUGGGAUGUUACCUGAGAAACCUGACAGCACCAACAUGAAAUUGGAGACCAUCAAGCAAAUCGAUCAUUCCAAAUCCGACAUGAAUGGCGUGGCUGAGAAAUGUGAGCUUAAUCUGCUUUGAAAUAAUUGCUUCUGUUCUCCAUAUUCACAAUGCUCACA